AAAUGGCGCUAUUCAUCAAUGGCGUGUCCCUCUUCUUCAGUAGGCUACAUGUUUCAGAGGUGCGGUAUCCUCCCGUACUGUGCAGAGUGUUGCCGCAUGCGGCACAUGCACACCGUGUCCACGGGCAUACUUUGGUCGGCACAAUAUAAAACCUCGCUGUUGCAAGGAAUCCUAUCUAACAUCUUACAUACUCCAGUCACUGACCAACUUCCUCGGAAUCCAAACCAAUCCCACCCACGAUUGUGAUGUCAUUAGCACAGCAAUCGUGUCCAUGUCCCCCGAGCUGUAAAUGUCACACCGGCCCCGGCACGGGCAGGAAUCUGGUUGUAUGCAUCGACGGGACAUCCAACAAGUUUGGCACUAAAAACACCAAUAUCAUCCGACUGUGUAGUAAUAUCGUCAAGAAUGAUAAACAGUUAGUGUGCUACCUUACAGGCGUGGGAACAUAUGGAAGACCUGGAGGCCUCGCGCACGCGCGAUUGUUGGAACGGGCCACGAAUAUCUUGGACCAAGCCAUUGCCCAUAAUGUCAGCCGAUCGAUUAUGAACGCUUAUAGAUGGCUCGCAGACAGGUACCAUGAUGGUGACAAGAUCUUCCUGUUUGGAUUUUCAAGAGGUGCAUACCAAGUUCGUGCUUUGGCGGGAAUGAUCCACGAAGUGGGGCUCAUCAUUCCCGGCAACAAAGACCAAAUUCCCUACGCCUUCAAGUAUUACUCUGCCAUUAAGAGUGGGAAACUCAAGGAUAUUAGUCUUGCAAAGGAUUUUAAACGGACCUUCUCGACGAGCGCGUCGGUAUAUUUCGUCGGCGUAUGGGACACCGUGUCGUCUAUUGGUAUUAAUAGCUUAAGGAAUUUGCCGUCUGCCAAUACAUGCGAUCACAUUCGCUACUUCCGCCAGGCACUGGCCCUAGAUGAGCUCAGGGUAAAAUUUCUACCUGAGUAUGUCUGCGGUGGCAUGGGCGAACGAUCCAAAUCAAAGCCAGGGCUACCUCCCUCGCACGAACAUGUUAAGGAGGUUUGGUUUGCUGGUAAUCAUUCGGAUAUCGGAGGCGCACGCAGGGGAAAGGCAGUCAGUCACCUUACCUUGCAAGACAUGCCUCUACUAUGGAUGUGUGAAGAAGUUCUCGCGGCCGGACUUCUGCUAAACAAUUCCAAUAUAGACUUCGCAUACGAAGACUGGCGUGGACACAAUAUCAAAAGCUCUUUGAAUGUCGCAUGGUGGCUCCUUGAGGUUUUGCCGAUCAUGCAUCGUCGCCACGGUGACAACAACCACACAAUUUUACCACAUCUUGGAAGAGGCCGUGUCAUCUUUCCUGGUCAAAAGCUCCAUGCGUCGGUUCUAUUUCGUUCCAACUACCAACCAAAAGCAGUUUUCUGGAAAAGUUUCAUGCAAUGGCCUGAAGCGAUUCACUUUCACUUUGCCUAUGACCAGGAACAAUUAGGCCAUGCUUGGGAAGUUCCUUUCAAGCGCUCGACUGCUGAAGCUUUUAUUGGUACAAUUCACAAGAAACACACCCUGAAUUAUGUUGAUCGCUUGGCCUUCAUGUGUUCAUUUGAACUCGGAGUUGAAGCGGCGCGGAAGGUGAAUGCACUCGAGACGCUAGAAGCCUUGCUUAGCAUUCAUGGCAAAACUACCGCGGACGUUAAAUACGCACCAGAUGAGAAGGAGGAGACAUCUCGCAUGUCGGACCCGAAGAACAUAGAUACUGACGCGGCCAAAGAAGAACGCAUCAAUGCUCGUAAAGAACGCAUCAAUGCUCGUAAAGUGCGCCUCAGCGCAUUCGUCGCGUACUGCGCACUCAUCAAGGGCGCGGACGAAGACACGGAAAGAAUACUAGACGGUCUUGAUGUUCCUACCAUGCUCCAAGACACGGAAUACCAAGGCAGAGCCUGUGCGGCUCUUCCGGCUCUUUGCAAGAUCAAAACACUAAGAGAGAAGCUCCUCAAAGAGGAUAUGGUUGAUCGAAUCGUCGACCUGUGUCGGAACACCGGCGAAAACAAACUAAUCGCGAUGAGGACGCUGUCAUACCUCGCCCAACGCUUUGAUGAUGCAUCCCCCAUUAUUUCUCGACAUUCCGAUUUCAUCGAUACAAUCCUUAUUAUGUUGAGAGAAAAAUCUGUGGCUGGAAAUAGUCAGUCACGAAUAGAUUCACAGGAAUCAGCAUGUUCAAAUAUAUUGUGUCCAGGAAACUUCGGAGAGAUCCGAGGGGUAGCACUUAUGAAACGACUCGAGAACUUGAUCAAGCGUCGUGAAAUCUCUGUCACUCCGGCUGCAGUCGCUGCAUUAUGCGAAAUUUGUCGCAAGAGUCCAGCACUCCGUGCGGAGGCUAUACGCCGCAAUAUCCUUGUCACAUUGAUCAACCGGUUUGAGUUCGAUAAGCAAGGUUUGAGCGGCGGACUACGCGGCUUGAUAUUGCUUGCUGAAUCUGCGUACAUACGCUACGAUCUCGCACAGGGUCCGCACAUCGGAAAGCUAGUUGCGUUUUCGAGAGAUAACACAGUGGAAAAAAGCAAGGAGGCGACUGAGGAGCUCAAGGCGCUAUCAAAACACAGUGAACUCCGCGAACGAAUCAUCGCUGAAGGAGGCCUGGAUAGCAUAGUCGAUAAUUUAGCAAAACCAGACCACGCAUUAUUUGCUGCGGAUGCGCUUUUAAAUUUCAUGAAAUACGACGAGGCCAGGGAACAGAUACUGAACACUAAAGUGGACCUGCAUUUGCUGCAGAUGAUUGAUGGACGCAUAUUUGACGGGACCAUUCACCGGACCAUUCACCGGAAAGGCAUAGAUAUCCUUGCGGAAAUAUUCAAAAAUGAUUACCUGCGAUCCGUGAUGUUAAACCCAAAGAAUCCACCAUCUUUCGAUAACGGUUCUUGGAAUUUCGGCCGCAAGGAUGCACCCCAUCAGCGACUCAAGAAAGCGGCAAAGUACGUCCUGGAGAAGACAUUGCGCAGACAAGUCAAAAAGGCAACGGAUGGUUCCGAUAGCCCCAAAUACUCGACAAACGUCAUUGGGAUUUUGCGCAAGAUGAUCGAAACAUUUCGGCCUGACUCUGUUCAGAAUAGCGCUAUCAAUUACCUGCGCAUUAUUGCUGAUUACGAGGACGCACGUCUUGCGAUGGUUGACGUCGAAAUCAUAGCACCUCUUUUCCGGUGUCUUAAAGUCACGGAUGUGGACAUCGAGGCUCUCAAUGAUGUUUUAAAAAAGAUUGCGCCUGACGAAUCGCUGCGUCGUGAAAUUACAAGGGAUGACAAGAUACUGGUUGAAAUGCUCAGUAGUCAUUAUCCUGGCGAGGUUCUCCGCAUGACUGCCACAUUGGAAUUGUUAUUGUCCAAUAGAGAGAUACGCAAGAAAGUCCGGGAGAUGGAUGAGUACCAACACCUGAAGAGGGACACAUUGCACUACUUAGAUCCGCAUCACCACCCCCAUGAACAUGAUCAGUACACCUCUGCAUCCCAGGCCAUCACAUCGAUCAUCGGGAUACUUGACAGAUAUGAUACAAGUGACAGAACAACGGAUCCUCUCUCCUACUUGGAUCCGUAUGAGUACCCCGACGAAAUUGAUCAGUAUAUGAUCUAAUGCAGUCGCAGGGCAGGUAACCAACGUCGUCUCGACGAUCGCGAAGACCAAGUAUAGGAUGACGAUGU